UACAACUGAGAUGGAAUUGGAUCUCAACAGCAAAUCUGUGAAAAUAAACACCACAAAUAAUCAGAUUAUACUCGCAAUCACUACAGCAGGAGAGAACGUAUCCUUAUCGUCCACAGUAACUUCACCCUGUGUUGAAAAAGAGAAACCGUCUAAUAUCGGUCCGUAUGAAGUACCAACUCAGCAGGAUUUAAUUCUACUCAUUCGUAAGACUCUGUCUGACAUGUUCAAGAGCUACAACGAGAAAGCUUUUUAUUUACUAAAGGAUAUCAAAGAGGCAACUAAAGCAACAUCGGACAUUGAGAAAAAAUGCCGAGGAAAUAAAUAUGAAUACAGAAAGUGUGUGAAGAAAGUGAGCAGUCAGUGCGAAUUUAUGACUAAGAAUCUUGUUAGUUCAUUAGAAAGGCAGAGGCAUGAUGUGAGCGAAUUUACUAAGGGUAACAUUUGUAAUAUGUCAUCCAUGAAAGCAGACCCCCUGCAACUGGUGAAAACAUUAGCAAUGGAAGAAGCAAGCUUGGAAUUUUCGCUCCCUGGAUUUUUAAGAUUACUCAACUCAUGUUCAUUUCAUUGUAGUGUUUCCAACAACGAAAUAGGAAAAACGCCAUCUCGACACAUGUCUGACCAAGAGUUGGUAAUUAAACACUUUCUGACUAAAAAGAACUACAUUCAACUUCUAAAACCUUAAUAGCCGUUGAAAUUAGCAACGAAUGAUGUAUCAAAACGUAUUAUUUUAUAUGGCCACACCGACAAUCGAUCGAGCUUUCACGAGUUUCACAUACCAAUGGAUAGAUGGAGUGACUAUCAAUGAACUUUUGACGUGAACUUGAUUGCAACUUGAAUAACUUAACCAAAAUAUCUAAGCUUUUUAUGUGAUGCGAAUAGUGAUAACCGUGUGAGUUGAUAUAAAACUGUAAUCAAAUUAAAAUACAAUACGUGAGAAAUGUUUAUAUUAUUUUAGAACCCAAAUUCAGUGACAUUUUGGAUGCUAUUACUAAA